GGUUUAACUUUGAGUUCUGAAACUUCCUUAUUUUCUUCAUUUGCUUUCCAGAGUAUGACCCCUGAAUUCGUAUCCUGUCACCAUGCUUUUAUUUUUUACCUUUACUUCUUGCAACUAUAUUAAGGAUUGUUUUACAUAAUAACAAUGAUUGACACAAGCAACAGGUCGUUAUGGAGUAUGACGAUUUUGGUCACUGAAAUACUUUCAACACUGUCUGCAGAAGAAUGUAACAGGAUAAACACUACUUGCUGCUAUAACGAAUACUUCGACACUAGCACUGGAAAAUGUUUAAUUUGCAGACAUGGAAGUGUGGGAUGGAAUUGUGAAACACCCUGUAAAACAGGAUACUAUGGUUAUCUCUGUCGCACGCCAUGUGAGUGUGUAGAUCACCUGUGUGACAAAGAGACUGGGUGUCAGCCACGACAAAAUAAGACAUCAAAAGACGUCAGUGAUAAUGCCACGAAAAAUCACGACUGGAUAGCAGCUAGCCUCAGUAUCAUGGUGUUAAUUGUAGUCAGCGUUAUUUGUGCAAUAGUUUUGUACUUCCGUCGGAAAAUAAAGCGAUAUUUGAAACGUUCGGUGAAUCUCUGCUUAGGUAAAGAGGCAACAACAUCUCAAGAACUCUCAAUUGUUCAACCACAAGAUUGCGUUCCGGUAGAAAUUGUUGACAACGAGAAUGAUUUAUCUCCAGAUUACGAUGACAUUCGUUACUCGCAAUGUAUUCGUAGUAGUAGAUUCAAUUGUGGUGACUCACCACUUUGUGGCAAUAACAUGGUAGGAAAUCGUGUUGAAGCUAAACGUCCACAUUUAACGGGGUUCCAUAAUGCUGAUAACAAAGUUGAAGAUUACAGUCGCCUGUUAUUGAGGAAGAAUACGAAUACGUGCAUUUUAGUGAAAACAGCUAUAACAGAGGAUGAAGGCUAUGUUUUCUUACAAAAGAAUUACAAAAAAGCAACUGCAGAAUCAUCCAUUCAAGGACGUCAGUCCCUGUCCAGAAUAUCAACCAUUCACGAAAAUGACUCCGUGGGAUAAAAAGUUAAACACAAUUUUCUUUGAAUAUUUCUAAAACAAAAAUUGAAAUGUUAACACGGUUAAAAACAAAGCAAUGCAUCAUAAUUAAAUAAAAUGAGAGACACUUUGUAUUUGAAGAUUUGUGAGAUGUACGAAAUAGACAUUUUCACUCUUUUUUUAAGAUUCUAUGAUAGACCAAGUUAUUGACCCUAAGUUGUUCAAUGAAAUUCAUAUUGAUGAUGAUAGUACUUUUUUUAAAAAUCCUUUUUGAUACUAUUUAUCAAUAAUAUACAUGUGUGUUUUUGAAAAUGACUGAAAAAACAUACACGUAUAUAUACUUUAAAAAUAAAUCAAUACGCCCCCCCCCCCCCCUCUUGAGAAAUGUAUAUUGCGAAAACGUGACUGAUAAAUGUCAAAUUCAAUGAUACCCCUAUUGCAUCUUAUAUACGCGUUUCUUUACUUGUUCGCACACGUGGAGGAAUAUAAGUAUAUUAAAUGAGAGUUCUUGUGACAAAGCCAUUGCAAUAUUGUUUUGUCUCGAGCAACAUAUGAGAAGUUGUCGACGUACUAAGUUUUAGUCAGUUAUUAGUGUUUUGAUGUUUUGAUUCUGCAGGAAUCUCUUACUGUGAACAGUACAAUGAACAUGUUAGAAAACAAAAUUUUUGAUUUUAUUUUUCACUUGUUGCGAAUUUUGUUUUUGUUUUUUUAUAAAAGAGUGAGUAUGUACAGACAAUCAACACUUUUAACUCACUUGCCAAGCUAUGGUACAAAAAAAACCAUCAAUUAUUAAAAAAAAUCGUUGCCACUAUCGCCUGCCGUUUAAAAUUCUCAACUGUUCAUGUCACAAAAAAUGUAAUCGAAUAAGUAAAUAGUUGACCAUCA